GGCCAUGUCUGCAGAAUCCAUUUCAUCCGCAGGAGAGGAGGGACGCCUCAGCUCAGGACCCAGUUUUAGAUCCAGUCGGAGGAAGAUAUUAAACCUGCUUCUGGAGAGAGACCCUUCCUUUACCACCUGUCCAGAUCUCCCUAGAACUCCAGUGAACAAACUCUUUGGUGAUUCUGCAAACCUAAGCGUUUUGUCUGGAGGAACCCCAAAAUGUUGCCUUGAUCUUUCGAAUCUUAGCGGUGGUGGAGAGAUGUCUGCCAAUCAACUUAGCACUUCUGCAGACAUUGAUGAAAUUGGUCAUUUGGAUUCUAAAGGACCUCAGGAAAUACAUUUAACUGGGAUGAAUCAUCAACAGCACCUUACAAAAUGCAGCCCAGCACAGCUGCGUUGUAGCACUCCAAAUGCUUUGGACCAUGGCAACAGGAAGAAAGAUGCAAUAUGUAGCUCAUCCACAAAUAAAGAAAAUGACAAUGGAAACUUUUUGGAAAGUGAAAUGAAGUAUCUGGGCAGCCCCAUUACUACACUUCCAAAAUUGGAUAAAAAUCCAGAACUAGAAGAUCAAACAGAGGAAAUUUCCAAUGAAUUGAUGGAGUUUUCCCUGGAAGAUCAGGAAGAGCCCAAGGUAAGCAGAAGCUCCUUGUAUCGCUCUCCUUCAUUGCCAGAGAAUUUGAACAGGCCAAGGCUGAAGCAGGUGGUAAAAUUCAAGGACAACCCAGUACCAGAUAAAGAAAAAAAGUAUUGUUCUAGCCACAAAGAGCUCAGGAAGGGCUUAGGUCUAAAGAAGACAGUCUCUCUCUGUGACAUUAAUAUCACUCAGAUGCUGGAGGAAGAUUCUAACCAGGGCUCUCUGAUUGGUGAUUUCUCCAAGGUAUGUGUGCUGCCAACCGUGUCAGGGAGACACCAGGAUCUGAAGUACGUCAACCCAGAAACAGUGGCUGCCUUACUGUCAGGGAAGUUCCAGAGUCUGAUUGAGAAGUUUUAUAUCAUCGAUUGCCGCUAUCCAUAUGAGUACCUGGGAGGACACAUCCAGGGAGCCUUAAACUUGUACAGUCAGGAAGAACUGUAUGACUUCUUUCUGAAGAAGCCCAUUGUCCCUCUGGACACCCAGAAAAGAAUAAUCAUCGUGUUCCACUGUGAAUUCUCCUCAGAGAGGGGUCCCCGAAUGUGCCGCUCUCUGAGAGAAGAGGACAGGGCUCUGAACCAGUAUCCUGCAUUGUACUACCCAGAACUAUAUAUCCUCAAAGGGGGCUACAAAGACUUCUUUCCAGAAUAUACGGAGCUGUGCGAACCACAGAGCUACUGCCCUAUGCAUCAUCAAGACCAUAAGGCUGAGCUGCUGAGGUGUCGAAGCCAGAGCAAAGCAUGGGAAGGAGAGCGGCAGCUGCAGGAGCAGAUUGCCUUACUGGUGAAGGAUGUGAGCCCAUGAUAGUGGGUCAGUGGUUGGCUGUCUAGGAGUCACCAAAAGACACUGUAGAAAUGCUGAGCAGAAAGAGGCCAUGUUGUAUGUGGCUAAACCCAAGAUUGUUAAAAGAUGUCUGCAAACCAACAAGAUGCCAAGCUAAUGAAAUUCCAGGCCUGGGUGUUGGUUUUAGCAGAGCUGCUGGCUGGUGACUGAGUCCUGGAGCUGGCUCUAGAAGGCUGUAGCCUUGAGUUAUAUGGAGAUUUGUUGCUUUGGGAAGUGUUUGCAUUCUCUUCCCAUUUAGACUUGUCUUCUCACAAGCCAGCCAGCGCUUUCCCUGGUCUUCUGCCUGUGCAAAGAGUUGCCCAUCUUCUUUCUCUGUACUUGCCUUCUUUGUUUCCUUCUCUCUCUUUUUCUUAAAUGGGAAAAUAAACACUACAGAAUGA